GCGGAAGUCGCGCGUGCCGGACGAGGUCACGUGAGGAGCGGGCGCCGCGUCCCCUCAGCGCCGGCCCCGCCCCUCUCCUCAGGCUGCGCACGCUCCCGCCGCCCCCUCAGGACCGCCGCCGCCGCCGCCGGGAGCGCGGCCCCGGGCCCCCUGUGCCUCUGCCCCGGCGCUCAAACGCUUGCCGAGGUUUGUGUCCGCCAGGUACGUGAGGCUUUGUGGUUAGAGGCGGGAGCACAGGGCGUGGCCGGAGCGGAGGAGGCACGUCCCCGGCCGCCGCACCCCAGCACCAAGGCCCCGAGCCGCAGCUCGCGGCGGUUCCUGCGUUGGAUUGGAAGUUUGCUUUUCCCGUUGCCUAAAAAUAGUGGUGCUGAAGAAAACACGGCCUGAAUAAGGCACCCAGACUGAGGAGCUGAGCCCAGUGCUCUCUGCAGGGAGGUAUUUAGCGUGCACAUAGACAGUAUUCAGGGAACGUACCUGAGAAAAAAAUGUACGUGAAGUAAACGCAAGUGUGUCUGUGCUCCUGAAAAUAGUUGACCAAUUAUGUUAUUUGGCAACAUUCAUAGUAAGGGGAAGUUCAAAUUGUGUAGGUAUUGCUCAGCAGAAGCAAGGGCUGGCCCUUUUGGAAACUCUUGGAAAUCGUAAGUAGCUCACCCCAGGGGUAGUGUUCUUGAGGCCUUGGUCUCUGGCUGAACACACCAGUGUUAAUGUGUAUUUUAAGCUUUCUCUUUUGCAGCAAAUUGCUGCAACAAAGCUGCAGUUGAAGAACAACUGACAACAUGUAGGUAGCAGUGGUGUCAAGAGACUCAUACAAGGUGCAGAUCUACAGCCCAAAAAGUAAGUGCUUACAGCUUUGUCUCUGUUCAAUGUAUGUCAUGUAACUGCACAUACCUGCCUUCCUCCUAGGAGUACCCUCAUCCUCUGUUAACAGGGGAUGAUGCAACUCAGUAUCAUUCCAGAAUAAGGACUUGGGAAGAAGUGAAGAGAUUGUGAAGUCCGUGGCAAUUUCUGUUUAUCUAUCCGGGGAUUUUAUUUUUUUUAUACUUAAGAAUUGAUUUUACUAAGUAUGACAUAAUCAGUUUUUAUGGCAAAACCUCAGUAGAAGGAGGGAAGAAAAAUACUACUGGAGAGAAGAAAGGAGAAACCUGCUUUUCUUUCCAAUUGAAAAUUAAAUCCUGUAGUUUGGGGGUUUUUAUUCUUCUCGUUUUGGGGUUUUCAGUGGAGGUGACUGAGAAGCAUCUUGUAACAAGCCAGGUGAAUGGCAACAUGCUAGUGUGCAAGCCAAGCAGAUCAGGAAUGGAAAUGUACUCUAUAGAAGCACAAUGGCCUCCUACUUUGCACUUGGGAGAGGUAUCAAUUUGCUGUUAGUAGCAAGAAGCAAAUUACUACCCCACUCUGUGCCAACUCAGCUGGCUGGGACUUUGUGAUCAGAGCAAAGGCCCUUCCCACUCACCAUCCUCCUGCUAAGGAGCUGGGGGAGUAGCAGGUGCAUGUGCUUGCAUUCUUGCCUGGCAUCAAAAAUCCAAAGUCCCGCUGUUUUGUUCCCAGGCAGAAAGGGUGCACUGCUUUUGUAUUCCCAUGUACUCACUGCACAGCCAAGGUACACAGCCUAAGGCAGAUGAUGAUCAGCUGUCUCAAUCCAGAACUGUUGAUACCUUCUACAUCAGGGAACUGGUAAUGCCCUUGUUUUCCUUUGUUUUUCCUGUGGUUUGUUGUAUAUGUUGAAGAUUUUGGUGCUCUGGCAUGUAAAUCUUUGCUUUGUGUAGCACCUUGUUAGGUCUGUCAUCAGAAUGUAUCCUCCACUAUGUGCAAAGCAAUCUGUACUCAUUCUCUGGAAUAGUAAUUAAAAAGAUUGAAUUUUUUUUUUCUUCCUAACCAGAUUAGGACUGAGCAUCUCAAAGGGGCACAACCCCAGUGAAGCAGGGGCUUUUCUGUUUGUUUUGUGUUAGUACUGGAGAGGAACACUAUUCAGCUGGUUUUGCUAUAUGAAAUGUUACUGUGUGUAAAAUGACAGUGCUGGGAGUCGUCAUAAGGAUGCGUUUCAAUUAUCUAUCAUUAGUCUCUUUUGCCUUGUAAGGUACUUAGAAAAGCAACAGAGUGCAGGAAAACAAAUGAACACAAAUUUAAUUAGAAAAUCAACCCUUGCUGCUUUGGGGUCAGGAAAAGUCAACAUUCCUUGCCUGUGGAAACAGUGAUGUUAGCUCUGUACAUUAAUGAGCCUCUAUGAAAAUGCAAAGUAAAUAUCAGUUAUUUUCUCCUUCCAGGUUCCCAGUGCAAUUUACUGAAAUGGCAGUAAAAUCUAAGCAUCCAAAUUCUAGAACUGAAAACAAUCUGCCAGGAUAACUUCCUGUUAUUAAAGCUGUGGGAUUCUGACUGUGUAAUGAUGGAAUUAGAGAAAAUCAGCUAAUUUCCAGUGAGCUGGGACAGUUCUCUGGUGUAUCUUGCCCACUCAUUCUUUUCCCUUGUUUUCUUAGAAUUCUUUUCUGCAUCAUUUCUCUACUUCCAUCAAGAAGAUUUAUGUUCCUUAUUCUCUCAGGAGACUAGAUGAUAUAAUUACAAUUACAGUUUGCCUCUGAGCAACAUCCAACUUCCAGUUUGUAAUCUUGAGAACUUUUGCUGGUGUCAUUUACUGAUCAUGUUUGUGCUCCCAAGUCAUUUGUUCCCAGGCAGCUAAUCUAUUCCACACAGGGUUUAAUUAUUCUCUUUCCUCACAUCAAGUGCAUCAUGCUUCAGGAUUAAGGCAUUGAUUUCACUGUUAUUAAAUAUUAUAGAAAUAAGAGACUUUUCAGCACUUAGCAGAAGGCUGAGGUGUUGCCUAGCCUUUGUCCCUCUUCUUGGUAGUCCUUUUCAUCUGCUAGUGCUGCAGUGCUGGCAUAGACAGCUUUGACAACAGGAAGCUUUUAUGACCAUGUACCUCAUCAUGAAGGCCAGUCAUGAUGGUGAGCAAGAUUAGACAGUUUGAGUCCUGCUGGUUGCCUGGAAUAUCUUCUAUUUUUUUUCUUCCAGGGCUGCUGCUUGUGGAGCUGAACCAACAGCAGAGGCAAAAAAAUGUACAAAGGCCCACAGCAGGCUGGAGUGCCUUCUGUCCAAAGCAGUCCACAGACGUCAACAAUUAAUUGCAAAGUCGGCAACAAAAAACAAGGGGCAGUAAGCCAGAGAUGACUGACAAGAUGUCGAGCUUCCUUCAUAUUGGAGAUAUUUGUUCUCUCUAUGCAGAGGGCUCAACAAAUGGAUUUAUUAGCACUUUGGGCCUUGUGGAUGAUCGGUGUGUUGUACAGCCAGAAGCAGGUGAUCUUAACAACCCACCCAAAAAAUUCAGAGAUUGCCUGUUCAAACUAUGUCCCAUGAACCGGUACUCGGCUCAGAAGCAGUUCUGGAAGGCAGCAAAGCCAGGAGCUAACAGCACAACGGAUGCUGUGCUACUCAAUAAGCUGCACCAUGCAGCAGAUCUGGAAAAGAAACAGAAUGAAACAGAAAACAGGAAACUGCUGGGAACAGUCAUCCAGUACGGCAACGUUAUUCAGCUACUUCAUUUAAAAAGUAACAAAUACUUAACAGUAAAUAAGAGGCUUCCAGCUCUGCUAGAGAAGAAUGCUAUGAGGGUCACCUUGGAUGAAGCUGGAAAUGAAGGUUCCUGGUUCUACAUCCAGCCUUUCUACAAACUGCGUUCCAUUGGAGACAGUGUUGUCAUUGGAGACAAAGUAGUCCUGAAUCCUGUCAACGCUGGCCAGCCGCUCCACGCCAGUAGCCACCAGCUGGUUGACAAUCCGGGUUGCAAUGAGGUCAACUCUGUGAAUUGCAAUACAAGUUGGAAAAUAGUUCUCUUCAUGAAAUGGAGUGAUAACAAAGAUGACAUUCUCAAAGGGGGGGAUGUGGUGAGACUGUUCCAUGCAGAGCAGGAGAAGUUUCUGACUUGUGACGAGCACAGGAAGAAGCAGCAUGUGUUCCUGAGAACGACGGGGAGACAGUCGGCCACCUCUGCAACCAGUUCUAAAGCCCUGUGGGAAGUAGAGGUGGUGCAGCAUGAUCCUUGUCGUGGUGGUGCAGGGUACUGGAACAGCCUUUUCAGGUUCAAACACCUCGCUACUGGACACUACCUAGCAGCAGAGGUAAACCCUGACUAUGAGGAAGAUGACCUGGAGUGUCAAUCCUCACUGGACCCUGAGCAGGAUGCCUCCAGAAGAGGCCUGCGCAGUGCUCAGGAGAAGAUGGCCUACUCCCUGGUGUCUGUGCCCGAGGGAAACGACAUCUCCUCCAUCUUUGAGCUGGACCCUACCACGCUGCGAGGAGGAGACAGCCUUGUCCCCAGGAACUCUUAUGUGAGACUGAGGCACCUUUGCACUAACACCUGGGUUCAUAGUACCAAUAUCCCUAUUGAUAAAGAAGAGGAGAAACCUGUGAUGCUUAAAAUUGGUACUUCUCCAGUGAAAGAGGACAAAGAAGCUUUUGCUAUAGUGCCAGUUUCCCCUGCAGAGGUUCGGGACUUGGAUUUUGCGAAUGAUGCAAGUAAGGUUUUAGGUUCCAUCGCUGGCAAGUUGGAAAAGGGAACAAUCACCCAGAAUGAAAGAAGAUCUGUUACCAAGUUGUUGGAGGAUUUGGUCUACUUUGUUACUGGUGGCACUAAUUCUGGACAAGAUGUCCUUGAAGUAGUGUUUUCUAAACCUAACAGAGAACGGCAAAAACUGAUGAGAGAGCAGAAUAUUCUAAAGCAGAUUUUCAAGCUGUUGCAAGCACCAUUUACAGACAGUGGGGAUGGCCCCAUGCUGCGGCUGGAGGAGCUCGGAGACCAGCGGCACGCUCCCUUCAGGCACAUAUGCCGGCUUUGCUACAGAGUGCUGAGACACUCCCAGCAGGAUUACAGGAAGAAUCAGGAAUACAUUGCCAAGCAGUUUGGCUUCAUGCAGAAGCAAAUAGGCUACGACGUCUUGGCCGAGGACACCAUCACAGCGCUGCUGCACAACAACCGCAAGCUCCUGGAGAAGCACAUCACAGCUGCUGAGAUUGACACUUUUGUUAGCCUCGUGAGGAAAAACAGGGAGCCCAGGUUUUUGGAUUACCUCUCGGAUCUGUGCGUUUCCAUGAACAAGUCUAUCCCAGUGACACAGGAGCUGAUUUGUAAAGCCGUGCUGAACCCAGCAAACGCAGACAUUCUCAUUGAAACUAAGCUGGUCCUCUCACGGUUUGAGUUUGAAGAAGUGUCAAGUGGAGAAAAUGCCUUGGAAGUUGGAGAAGAUGAGGAAGAAGUGUGGUUGUUCUGGAGAGACAGUAACAAGGAAAUCCGCAGUAAGAGUAUCAGAGAGUUGGCUCAGGAUGCUAAGGAAGGGCAGAAGGAGGAUCGGGACGUGCUCAGCUACUACAGAUACCAGCUAAACCUCUUUGCUAGAAUGUGCCUUGAUCGACAGUACUUGGCCAUAAAUGAGAUCUCUGGCCAGCUGGAUGUGGAUCUCAUUCUCCGUUGCAUGUCUGAUGAAAACCUGCCCUACGACCUGAGAGCGUCCUUCUGCCGGUUAAUGCUUCACAUGCACGUUGAUCGUGACCCCCAGGAGCAAGUCACUCCAGUCAAGUACGCUCGGCUGUGGUCUGAGAUACCCUCUGAAAUCGCUAUUGAUGACUAUGAUAGCAGUGGAACUUCCAAAGAUGAAAUUAAGGAGAGAUUUGCACAGACAAUGGAAUUUGUGGAGGAAUAUUUAAGAGAUGUGGUGUGUCAGAGGUUCCCUUUCUCUGAUAAAGAGAAAAAUAAGCUCACUUUUGAGGUUGUUAACUUAGCCAGAAAUCUGAUAUAUUUUGGCUUCUACAACUUCUGUGACCUCCUCAGACUAACCAAAAUCCUCCUUGCUAUAUUAGACUGUGUGCACAUCACUACCAUCUUCCCUAUUACCAAGGUGGCAAAAGGCGAGGAAAGUAAAGGGAGCAAUGUGAUGAGGUCAAUCCACGGCGUGGGGGAGCUGAUGACGCAGGUGGUGCUGAGAGGUGGCGGGUUCUUGCCCAUGACUCCCCUCGCUGCUGCCCCCGAGGGUAACGUCAAGCAGAGCGAGCCAGAGAAGGAGGACAUCCUGGUCAUGGACACCAAGCUGAAGAUCAUUGAAAUACUUCAGUUCAUUUUGAAUGUGAGGUUGGACUACAGGAUCUCCUGCCUGCUUUGUAUAUUUAAACAUGAAUUUGAUGAGAGCAAUGCCCAGAUGUCUGAAUCGCCCACUGGAAGCAGUAACCAAGAAAUGCCAGCUAAUGUAUCAGGAGCCCUAGAUUUUGAACACAUUGAAGAACAAGCCGAGGGGAUCUUUGGUGGAAGGAAAGAGAACACACCACUGGAUUUGGACGAUCAUGGUGGCAGAACGUUUCUCAGAGUGUUGUUGCAUCUGACUAUGCACGAUUACCCUCCUCUGGUGUCUGGGGCACUUCAGUUACUCUUCCGGCACUUCAGUCAGAGACAAGAAGUCCUUCAAGCUUUUAAGCAGGUUCAACUGCUUGUUACCAGCCAAGAUGUUGACAACUACAAGCAGAUAAAACAAGAUUUGGACCAGCUGAGAUCUAUUGUGGAAAAAUCAGAGCUUUGGGUGUACAAAGGCCAAGGUCCUGAUGAGACCAUGGAUGGAGUGCAAGGGGAGAAUGAGCACAAGAAAAAAGAGGAAGGUCACAGCAAGUCCCAAAAGCCAGAAAGUACUAGCAGCUACAACUACCGUGUAGUGAAAGAGAUCCUGCUGCGGCUGAGCAAGCUGUGUGUCCAGGAGAGCGCCUCGGUCCGGAAGAGCCGGAAGCAGCAGCAGCGGCUGCUCAGGAACAUGGGGGCUCACGCGGUGGUGCUGGAGCUGCUGCAGAUCCCCUAUGAAAAGGCUGAAGACACGAGGAUGCAGGAGAUCAUGAAGCUUGCACAUGAGUUCUUACAGAACUUUUGUGCCGGGAACCAACAGAACCAGGCGUUGCUGCACAAGCACAUAAACCUGUUCCUCAACCCAGGGAUCCUGGAAGCAGUGACAAUGCAGCACAUUUUCAUGAACAACUUCCAGCUCUGCAGUGAGAUUAACGAACGCGUCGUUCAACACUUUGUCCACUGUAUUGAAACACACGGCAGAAACGUUCAGUACAUCAAGUUCCUGCAGACGAUUGUCAAGGCGGAAGGAAAAUUCAUUAAGAAAUGCCAAGAUAUGGUAAUGGCUGAGCUGGUGAAUGCGGGAGAAGACGUCCUUGUGUUCUACAACGACAGAGCCUCCUUCCAGACCUUGGUGCAGAUGAUGAGAUCCGAGAGGGAUCGGAUGGAUGAGAACAGCCCGCUGAUGUACCACAUCCACUUGGUAGAGCUGCUGGCUGUGUGCACAGAAGGCAAAAACGUCUACACAGAAAUAAAAUGCAACUCCCUGCUUCCUUUGGAUGACAUUGUUAGGGUAGUAACCCACGAGGAUUGCAUACCUGAGGUCAAAAUUGCAUACAUCAACUUCUUGAAUCAUUGCUAUGUGGACACAGAAGUAGAAAUGAAAGAGAUCUACACCAGUAAUCAUAUGUGGAAGCUAUUUGAGAACUUCCUGGUUGACAUCUGUCGGGCUUGUAACAACACCACCGACAGAAAGCACGCUGACUCCAUAUUGGAGAAGUAUGUUACAGAAAUAGUGAUGAGUAUAGUCACCACUUUCUUCAGUUCCCCGUUCUCUGACCAGAGCACCACUUUGCAGACUCGCCAGCCUGUGUUUGUCCAGUUGCUGCAAGGUGUGUUCAGAGUGUACCACUGCAACUGGCUGAUGCCAAGCCAGAAGGCAUCAGUGGAAAGCUGCAUUCGGGUCCUCUCAGAUGUAGCAAAAAGCAGAGCCAUUGCAAUUCCUGUGGAUUUGGACAGUCAGGUCAACAAUCUCUUCCUGAAAUCUCAUAACAUUGUGCAGAAGACUGCGAUGAACUGGCGGAUGACAGCCCGGAAUGCUGCCCGCAGAGACUCGGUGCUCGCUGCCUCCAGGGACUACCGGAACAUCAUUGAGAGGUUACAGGACAUAGUGUCAGCUUUAGAGGAUCGCCUGCGGCCUCUUGUCCAGGCAGAGCUGUCAGUGCUGGUCGAUGUGCUUCACAGGCCUGAGCUGCUCUUCCCAGAGAACACGGAUGCCAGGAGGAAGUGUGAAAGCGGAGGCUUCAUUUGCAAGUUGAUCAAGCACACUAAACAGCUGCUGGAGGAGAACGAGGAGAAGCUGUGUAUUAAAGUAUUACAGACCCUCAGGGAAAUGAUGACCAAAGAUAGAGGCUAUGGAGAAAAGGGAGAGGCACUCAGGCAAGUCUUGGUCAACCGUUACUACGGCAACGUGCGGCCAGCGGGACGGCGCGAGAGCCUCACCACCUUCGGCAACGGCCCCUUGGCUGCCGGCGGCGCCAGCAAGGCCGGCGCGGGAGGAGGAAGCUCUGGAUCAAGUUCAAUGAGCCGAGGUGAGAUGAGUUUGGCAGAUGUCCAGUGUCAUCUGGAUAAAGAAGGUGCAUCCAACCUGGUCAUAGAUCUGAUCAUGAAUGCCACCAGUGACAGAGUCUUCCACGAGAGCAUCCUGCUAGCCAUUGCCCUUCUGGAAGGAGGGAACACUACAAUACAGCAUUCGUUCUUCUGCCGCCUGACAGAAGAUAAGAAAUCGGAGAAGUUCUUUAAGGUGUUUUAUGAUCGCAUGAAAGUGGCACAGCAAGAAAUCAAGGCUACUGUCACAGUCAAUACCAGUGACUUAGGAAAUAAAAAGAAAGAUGAAGACUCAGACAGAGACGUACCGAACAGGAAAAGAGUAAGAGAGCCCAUGACCCAAAUUACCGAGGAGGUCCGGGAUCAGCUGCUGGAGGCCUCCGCGGCUACGAGAAAGGCCUACAACACGUACCGGCGCGAGGCCGAUCCCGAUGACCAUUACUCGGCAGCAGAAGGAGCACAGUCUACAGCAGACAAGAACAAAGAUGAGCUGGAGAUGAGCGCUGUCAUCUCAAUCAUGCAGCCCAUCCUCCGGUUCCUGCAGCUGCUCUGUGAAAACCACAACCGGGACUUGCAGAACUUCCUUCGCUGCCAGAACAACAAGACAAACUACAACUUGGUGUGCGAGACGCUGCAGUUUCUGGACUGUAUCUGUGGAAGCACAACUGGUGGACUUGGACUUCUUGGCCUGUAUAUAAAUGAGAAAAAUGUAGCACUGAUCAACCAGACACUGGAGAGUCUGACUGAGUACUGUCAGGGGCCUUGCCACGAGAACCAGAACUGCAUUGCUACUCACGAGUCCAACGGCAUCGACAUCAUCACGGCAUUAAUUCUCAAUGACAUCAACCCUUUGGGAAAGAAGAGGAUGGACCUUGUGUUAGAACUGAAGAACAACGCUUCCAAACUGCUCCUGGCCAUCAUGGAGAGCAGGCACGACAGCGAGAACGCCGAGAGGAUCCUCUACAACAUGAGGCCCAAAGAGCUGGUGGAAGUGAUAAAGAAGGCUUAUCUGCAGGGAGAAGUAGAGUUUGAGGAUGGAGAGAAUGGAGAAGAUGUAGCUGCAUCUCCAAGGAACGUGGGACACAACAUUUAUAUAUUGGCUCAUCAGUUGGCUCGUCAUAACAAAGAGCUGCAGAACAUGCUGAAGCCAGGAGGUCAGAUAGAGGGAGACGAGGCUCUGGAGUUCUACGCCAAGCACACGGCCCAGAUUGAGAUCGUCAGGUCGGACCGUACCAUGGAGCAAAUUGUCUUCCCCGUGCCCAGCAUCUGUGAAUUCCUCACCAAGGAGUCCAAGCUGCGCAUAUAUUACACCACAGAGAGGGAUGAGCAAGGCAGCAAGAUCAACGACUUCUUCUUGAAAUCAGAAGACCUCUUUAAUGAGAUGAACUGGCAAAAGAAGCUGCGAGCUCAGCCUUUCCUAUACUGGUGUGCUCGCAACAUGUCCUUCUGGAGCAGCAUUUCCUUUAACCUGGCUGUGCUUAUGAACCUGCUGGUGGCGUUUUUCUACCCCUUCAAAGGGAUUCGAGGAGGUACACUGGAGCCCCACUUGUCAGGCCUGCUGUGGACAGCCAUGCUCAUCUCUCUGGCCAUCGUUAUAGCCCUCCCCAAGCCCCACGGCAUCCGAGCCCUGAUCGCCUCCACAAUAUUACGCCUGAUCUUCUCCGUUGGUUUGCAGCCCACUUUAUUUCUCCUGGGUGCAUUCAACGUUUGUAACAAAAUCAUCUUUCUGAUGAGCUUUGUGGGUAACUGUGGAACCUUCACCAGAGGAUACAAGGCCAUGAUCAUGGAUGUGGAGUUCCUUUAUCACCUGCUGUACCUUCUGAUUUGUGCUCUGGGGCUGUUUGUGCACGAAUUCUUUUAUAGUUUGUUGCUCUUUGACUUGGUGUACCGAGAGGAGACCUUGCUCAACGUCAUCAAGAGCGUCACUCGCAACGGGCGUUCCAUCAUCCUCACUGCUGUCCUGGCUCUCAUCUUGGUCUACCUGUUCUCCAUAGUGGGGUACCUCUUCUUCAAAGAUGACUUCAUCCUGGAAGUGGACAAGCUCCCUAACGAGACCUUGUUGCCAGAUCGUGCAGAGGCAGGUGAGACCAUGACCGGCGAGUUCCUCUACUCGGACGUGUGCAAAGCAGGGAGCGCCGACAACUGUUCUUCCAUCAUUCCUUCUGCCCAACUGAUUGCUGAAGAAAUGGAGGAAGAGAAUAAAGAGCAUACGUGCGAGACGUUGCUGAUGUGCAUUGUUACUGUACUGAGUCACGGGCUCAGGAGUGGGGGUGGAGUAGGUGAUGUGCUCAGGAAACCAUCCAAAGAGGAGCCUCUCUUCGCUGCUAGAGUGAUAUAUGACCUGCUGUUCUUCUUCAUGGUCAUCAUUAUUGUGCUCAACCUGAUUUUUGGUGUGAUCAUUGACACCUUUGCUGAUCUAAGGAGCGAAAAGCAGAAGAAAGAGGAAAUUCUAAAAACCACUUGCUUUAUCUGUGGUUUGGAAAGAGAUAAGUUUGAUAACAAGACAGUCACAUUUGAAGAGCACAUCAAAGAAGAGCACAACAUGUGGCAUUACUUGUGCUUCAUUGUCUUAGUGAAAGUAAAAGAUUCAACAGAAUACACGGGCCCAGAAAGUUACGUGGCAGAAAUGAUCAAGGAGAGAAACCUGGACUGGUUCCCCCGCAUGCGGGCCAUGUCACUCGUGAGCAGCGACUCGGAGGGAGAGCAGAACGAGCUGAGGAACCUGCAGGAGAAGCUGGAGUCCACCAUGAAGCUUGUGACCAACCUCUCUGGGCAGCUCUCAGAGCUCAAAGAUCAGAUGACGGAGCAGAGGAAGCAGAAGCAGCGCAUCGGCCUCCUCGGGCACCCUCCGCCCGUGAAUGUGAACCCGCAGCAGCCGGCCUAGGCCAGGGGAGCCCCUCGGCGCCUCCCAGCUCUGAGGCUGCUCCUGCCUGUGCUCGGGCCCUUUUGUAAAUAACCUGUUUUUAUACUGUAUGUAUAUGACUGCUACUAGAUACAGUUUGGGGCGUAUGUGUCGCGGGACUGCUGGCACGGGACGGAGGUCGAACAUGGUGCCAAACCUAUCAAAAUCGCCUAAAGGACUAAAGAGAGCACUUGAAUUGCACUUGAAGAGAAUUAUUUGACUAUGUGACAUGUAUUUUGUAUUUAAAGAAAAAAGAGGAGAAAUAGCCUAGCUAGUAUUUAUGUUUUUAUACAAUUGUGCAAUAUGAAUUAUGCAAUCACAAUCCCUUUGUAACUCCCGAGUGCCCUGAGGGGAGUGCACAUCUUUGAACCUGGUGUGUUAGUACAAUGUAAUAAAUGGUAUCCAAUUACAGGUGUAAAUGAGGCUGCUGCAAAAGUGUGUUACUGGUGAUUUUCUUCUUUUCAUACCCUUGGACAUUUUUGUACCAUGUGUGUAAAUACCUUGCGAUGCCAUGUCUGUUGCCUCUUCCUCCCGGAGACAGCGCUGGGAACGUGUGAGCUGUUACUUUGAAGCUUCCAGAUGAGGAAAGCAAGAAGGUAUAUUUUUUUCCAAGUGACUUGUUGGAAGUGCUGAGGCUCACAAGAGCUCAGAUACCAGGGUUUUUUAAAGCAAAGAUUUCUUAAAGGGAACUUUUUAUGCCAACUGCGGUUUGGGAUGAGGAUGCACUGCUGGUGAGCCGCUGCGGGCUGCUACGGCCCUUUCCUGCCACGACACUCAGCCCGUGGCGCGGGGCUGUCCCAGCUUUGCAUUCUCAGCGUGUAGGAUCCUUUCCUUCUAUUUUUUCAUUAGUAGACCUACGUGCCUGCUGAAGCUUUAGCACACAGGCGUUGCACCGACUGAGAUGUGACCUAUCCCGGUGGGCCUGUAGCUGAGCACUGGCGAGUGUAAUGCUUGUGAGAGAGCCACUGGUUUGGGGUAGCUCUGUCCCACCCCUUCCUCUCUUCCCCCCUCCUCCCCAUUCGGUCACUCUCUUUGGUUUCUGAUUCUAGAGAGUAUGAAAGGAAACUCGGUUUGUUUCUUUUUCUCUGAGCUGUUGCAUAGUUUUAUACAUGGACCUCAUUUUACAAGAGCUGACUUCUCUGCAAUACUGUCUACAAAAAAGCAGAAAAAGGAGAAAAAAAAAAGAGUUACAGAGCUAUGAAAAUUUGUAAAUGCAUAAAUAUAGGUAUUUAAAUAAAUGAUGCUAAAUACUCCA